AUGUUCCCAUCGUGCUUGUCCAAGCCGGCGGACGGCAGCGGUAAGAGGAACUCCAUCGCUAAACUGCUGCUCGGGGUGUUUGUGGUCUACAUGCUCCACACCGCCUGGUUGCUGUACGGCUUCCUCAACACCAAACCCUGUGAUAGAGGCAGAGGAGAACAAUGCAUCAGUUCCUAUUUGACUGCAAGACCCAGACUACAGCUGAGUGUCUUCACCUGCCUCGUGCCAGACAACAGCCAGCUCAACCUCGCUGUGAAAAUAGACCCAUUCGACCCACACUCUACAUUUGAGCGGCAGGUGAACGUCCCUCUGCCGGAGGAGACUCGAGCUAAUGGCACUCUGUAUGCUGUCGUGUACGUUCACAAGGCCGGUGUUUCACCUUUAGAGGACAGCAGAGAGGUCCACUAUGCAGCUCAGCUCACCAUCUACAUCACUCCCACACACAGAGAGGGGCAGAGAGACACGCAGAAGAGGUCGAGCGCCCGAUCAGAGAAAUCUGUAUCCCACUGGAGACCCCAUCUGUCAAUCAAUAUGAUGUCAGAGGACUUCACCUUCAACAAGGCAGGGCUUCCCAGUGAUGUGCGGCGCUAUAUGAGAGUUUCUCAGGAUGGCAGACAGAUGAUGUAUCUACCUCUGCUGCUGGUGAACGAGCUCAGCUUCAGAGUCAGAGAUCUCAUGGAGAUCAGCAGCAGCACCGACCAGCUCCCUCUGACUGUGUCUUAUGAGGGAAUCUCUUUAAGAAGUUUCAGAUUUUGGGUCCAUUUACAGGAUGUGGUUUAUUCUCUGCGACAGUUUGGCUUCACUGAGGAAAACAUAGAUGAGAUUAAAGAAACUCUGGUUGGUUCCAACCUUUACCUGUUAGUGCUGACUGCACUCAUCACAGCUCUGCAACUCAUCUGUGAAUUCCUGGCUCUGAAAAAUGAUAUCAGCUCAUGGAGAAAAAAGAAGAGCAUGUCAGGAAUGUCCAGGAAGUCAGUUCUGUGGCGGAGUCUCAGUACUUUGCUGAUUUUCGUCCAUCUGUUAGAGGAGACCAGUCUCCUGGUGCUGCUUCCUGUUGGGCUGGGAGCAUGUGUAGAGGUAUGGAAGUUGUUUAAAGUGUUUAAGAUCAACGUACAGUGGAAAAGCUCCAAGCUCCAUGUAAACAAGCUGGAUGAAGAAGAAAGAAAGACUGUUGAAUACGACACACAGGCGUCCAGAUACUUGUCCUACUUGGUCUAUCCUCUGUGUAUCAGUGGAGCUAUUUUCUCUCUGGCCUACUUACGUCAAAAGAGUUACUACUCCUGGAUGAUCAACAGCCUGGUGACUGGAGUGUAUGCCCUUGGCUUCCUGUCCAUGGCCCCGCAGCUCUACAUCAACCACAAGUUGAAGUCUGUGAGCCACCUGCAGGGGACAGUGUUGAUGUACAGAGGAGUAAACACCAUGAUCUCAGACCUGUGCUCCUGCGCCUCCUUUUUCUCUUCCUCUCGAUCCUUUUUGUCAUCUCAUCAACUCUCCUGCUUCAGGGACGAGCUCCUCUUCCUCCUCUACCUCUACCAGCGAAGGCGUUACGCCCCCAAGGCCAGAAGACGAGAGUCUGGGACACACAGCAAGAAAGUAAAGACUCAGUGA